AUGCCUAGGAAAUGGGCAGAGACCACGGUCCGGCUACCAUCUAUCCCCCCUUUGAAAGCCGCUCUCUUGAACGACGACUUGAUCGACCCGUACAAAGUAACCUCGAAGGCCAAGAAAGACCAAGCUCCAAACCCACAUCCCACGACCAGUGCCAACACUGCCAAGUUCAUCACGGAGAGCAAUGUCUUGGAACCCGAACGCCCAGUCGGAUCAAAGUCCACUUCUGCUCCGAGAACACCACAGGUCGUCCGGUCGUACACCGAUAUGCCAUUGGCCUUUAGGCCAAGAAACAGACGUGUGGGCCAGCUACCGGCUUUGAGGCCGCAUCAGGUAAUCACCCGUGAGCCUUCAAGCAAAUGGGACAUCGGACUUAAAGCCCCUCAGUGGGGAUACACUGUUGCAAGGGCAGCGUGA